AUGGUGGUCUUCCAAAUCGACGAAGUCACUGUCUACUUUCCCUACGACUUCAUCUACCCUGAGCAAUAUGCGUACAUUCGCGCGCUCAAGCAAACGCUGGACGCCAAGGGCCAUGCGGUCCUUGAGAUGCCCACUGGAACCGGCAAGACUGUUGCCUUGCUUUCUCUGCUGACGUCUUACCAGCUGACGCAUCCCCGCCUCGGGAAGAUUCUGUACUGCACUCGAACGGUGCCCGAGAUGGAGAAGGCGCUGCUCGAGUUGAAGGGGGUGAUUGACUACCGCAUCGAAGAGAUUCGAAAGGCGAGAGAGCGCAAGGCGCGCGAAGGCAACGGCGCCGACGCUUCUGCUCCGGAGGAAGGGAAGGCGCCUCGGCGACUCUCUGAGAGCUCCGGCAACUCGCCUGCGCCGGAGACGCAAGCCGCUGGAAAGAAACGGUCGCUCGCAGACUCCGGGAUGGGCCCCGCUCUUCAGCAGGGCGGUCCGCGAAGAACAGACCCGAGCGAAGCGCCGUACAUAGGCAAGGAUAUGGCAAGCGACGGCUACAUCCUCGGCGUCGGACUCUCUGCCCGGAGGAACAUGUGUAUCAAUCCGGCGGUGUACAACCAGCCUGAUCGCGAGAAAAUCGAUGAAGCAUGUCGACAGCUGACUGCGCCGUGGGUGCGGCAGAGCCAUCUGACGAGCUACAACCCGCCGCCUGUCUUCGCGGCUGCAGGUCUGCCCUCAGCGGAUCCCCCCGGCGAUGCGCCGGCAGUCGACAUCGAGAACCUGGCAAGCGAGGGCCCGAGAGGCGAGCGCAGCUGCGCGAGCGCCUGUGCUGGGAGCAGAGAAGAAGAAGAGCGACGCCGACGCCGCGAAGCGAUUGCGUCAAAUGAAGAGGCUGAGCCGGGGAACUACUCGCCUUCGCUGUGUGCCUGGUAUGAGAAUCUGGAUCGGUACUUUGCUCCGCAGUUCUUCCCCGCCGGCGUGUAUACGAUCGAGGAGCUGAAGGUCGCGUCCGCAAACUGGCGCCAUCCCCUGCUCGACCGAAAACUGCCCUUCUGUCCGUACUUUUUGGCGCGUCGGCUCCUCCACAUUGCAAACGUUGUCGUCUUGAAUUACCAGUACAUUCUGGACCCGAAGGUCUCCCAGGCUGCGCUGCUGACUCCGCUCCCAGACGGCAUCUCUUCCUCGCACACGGCAGGCGCUCAGUCACGAUCGACCUACACAAAUCCGUACCAGAAUCGAGGUCUGGGCCGCGGGCCGGGGACGGAGGAGGUCCAGUACGAAGGCUCCGUCGUUGUCUUUGAUGAGGCUCACAACAUCGACAACGUGUGCAUCGAAGCGCUGAGCGUCAACAUAAAUCGCUCCGUCAUGGAGGCUGCGCUGCGGAAUCUCAGUCAGCUGGCCGAAAAAAUCGAAGAAGUUAAGAAAGAGGAUGCAGAGCGCCUGCGUGAAGAAUAUGAAAAUCUCGUGCGCGGCCUCAAACGCCGGCGUGAAGCCGAAGGCGGAGAAGGAGACACCUCUUCCUCGUCUUCGUCUUCUUCCUCGUCUUCGUCUUCUUCCUCGUCUUCGUCUUCUUCCUCGUCUUCAUCUUCUUCCUCGUCUUCAUCUUCUUCCUCGCCUUCAUCUUGUUCCUCGUCAUCUUCUUCCUCGUCGUCAUCUUCGUCAUUGUCUUCAUCUUCUUCUGCUUCGGCAGAGACUGGGAAGGACAGACGGCCAGAGGAGCCGCCUGUGGAAGGCGGAGACGGGAAGGCAGAUUCAGCGUCCACGUUGCGAGGCCAAGGAGCGGAUGGGGACCAAGACGAUCCGCGAUCUGCCGAGAAACAGGCCAACCCAGGGAGAUUCGCUUUGGCAAAUGAAACGCUAGAUCUCCUUGCAAGUCCCCUCCUCCCCGAGGACGCUCUGCUGGAGCAGGCUGUGCCAGGCAGCAUCCGCAAAGCGGAACACUUUAUCGCUCUCAUGCGCCGCAUUGUCUCGUACUUGAAAUCGUACAUCAAAAUCUACGAGCUCAAGAGCGAAGGACCGCUGUCCUUCCUCCACAUGUUUGAGAAGGAAACGCACAUUGACGCCAGCCUGUUGAAGUUCUUCUACGACCGCCUGAAGAGUCUCUUCAACACACUGCAGAUCACCGAGGUCGAGUCCUACGCGCCCUUGACGCUCGUCGCCGACUUUUGCACGCUCGUCGCCACUUACUGCGAGGGCUUCAUCCUCAUCUGCGAUCCCUACCCAGAGGCAGUCGGUUUGUACGACCCUCUCCUCCAGCUCUCGUGCUUGGACGCCUCGCUGGCCAUGCAGCCUGUCCUGAAACGCUUCCAGCUUCUGUCUGCGUCCUUUGUGUUUGCAUGGCGGCCACGGCCCCUCACGCCCCAACUUCCCCAGUCCCUCAUCUUGACGUCCGGGACAAUCUCUCCGCUGGAACUCUACCCCAAACUCCUCAACUUUGUGGUAGGUCUUUUCUGCGCAUGCGUUCUCUCGGUUUUUAACGCGUGGCCUCUCUGGCGCGCGUUCACGUUGUCCCGCGCGCCCGAGAGACAGGACAGCCAAUUCCUUCGCGGGGGUAUCUUGACAGCCCGUCAUCACCGAGUCGUUCCCGAUGUCUCUGGACCGCAACUGCAUCUGUCCGUUGAUUGUCGCCCGAGGCUCCGAUCAGAUCCCUCUGACUUCCAAGUUCGAAUACCAGGCAAAGUGGCUGAGGGGAUUGACUUCGAUCGCCACUUUGGGAGAUGCGUGGUGCUCUUCGGCGUCCCGUUUCAGUACACGCUGUCUCGAGUGCUGAAAGCCCGACUCGACUUCAUACGCGAACAGUACCAAAUUCCUGACAACGAGUUCCUCACUUUCGACGCUAUGCGACAGGCUGCUCAAUGUGUCGGACGCGUCAUCCGGAGCAAAAACGAUUACGGGCUUAUGAUCUUCGCGGACGCGCGGUAUAGUCGUAUUGAUAAGCGAAGUAAACUGCCACCGUGGAUUCUCAAGCACCUGGACAACGCUCAUCUCGCCCUGAAUACGGAAACCGCGAUAAGCGUGGCGCGGACCUUCUUGCGCCACAUGUCUCAACCACCCCCUCCUCCCUCCGCGUCCCGACUUGACGCUCGCCAGUUACAACAGCCGCAGCAACAACAGUGUUGGGAACUCGUCAGGCGGUCGUUGCACCUCAGCGGGACCUCCUCUAUGCUCCCCCAACCCAAAGAAGCCGGAAACGUCACUCCUGCGGGAGCGAAGACGGAUAACGAAAGAAAAGAGCCGCCCAUCGGCGACGGCCACUAG